CUUCCAGGUCUUUUAGAGUUGGAAAAUUAACGUGAAUAUUCAGGACUUCAUCCUUACGCACAAAAAUUUCGGAAGAUGCGCAUCUUCGGGACCAGUGCGACCUUCAUAAUAUGCGGCUUGAGUAGAUUACAUCAAUUCCAAAGCGCUGGCAAUGUUCCCCAUGUUGACGCACCGGUUUCAAUGCGAUCUGCUCUGGCAAACGAGACGCCAAACGUGGCUGUUCCCCACCAAAGCUUACCGCUUGGGGAGCGACCAUCGGGCACCAUAAAUCGUUCUCGGGAGAUCAUUCUGGGAAAAGCUGCAGGUCCAUUGUCUCACGAAGUUAUCAACUUAGAUGAUGACCUUCCAGAAACAAGCAACAGGCCCGGGAUGGAAAGCCAGCAAUUCCAAACCACUGGCAACAUUCCCGAUGUUCAUGGCGCAUCGGCUUCAAGUUCAAUGCAAUAUGCCCUGUUAAAUCAGAGGUCAAGAAGGGUAGAUCCAGAUCGAAGCUUACCGCUUAAGGAGCAACCCACGGGCACCACGAAACGUCCUCUAGAGAUCGUGCUGGCCAGCGCCUCAAUCCCACCAUCUCACGAAGUCAUUCACUUAGAUGAUGACCUUCCAGAUAUAAACAAGAGGCCAAGGAUAGAAAGAGCAUCUGAGGAAAUGCUUACUUCAUGGUACAAGGAAAUGUCAAAAAAUUGGCUCGAUUGGAAGGACGAUGUGAUCCAAACAACCAGACUGCUUGAGAACUCGAUCGAAAGGCAGAGAUUUGAGUUGACUGUAGACACUUUACUGCGUUCAAUGUCUAAUCUCUUUCAUAAAAAAAUGGUUGAACUCACAGCAAGGAACUUGCGUACGCCAGCCAAGUCUUUCCAAUCAACUGACCAUAUUUUGUCGGAAGAGAGUGGGAUGAAAAACAUCGCAAAGAUCUACACAACUUGGAAGCCCUUUUAUGAUGAGACAAAGACACCAGAGGAAAUUUCAACUAUCAAAAAAGGAUGCGAUUUGAUGAUUGACGCUUUCAUUGACUUGCAAAAGUUUCAAAUCCUCACUGAUAGACGUCUUCAUGAUUUCUUGAACGAGAACAACGGGAGAGAAUUCAUUUUGGCAUAUGUCAUGGACCGAUUUCCUUUCACUAAGGAUGCACCAGUGAACGAAAUGUACCUGAACUUCAACAUAAAACUAAGCCUCACAGAAGGUCCUUCCACCCGCAAGAUGUCCAAUCUCUUAGGGCUCCUGGAGCCAGAAACUUGGAAAUACAUUGAGUUCCAUUACUUGAUGAACCAGAUGAAGUAUAUGUACCCAAUAAUGCCUGAAUCUACAGCAGGAUUCAAUGAAAUCAAAUAUUGUUUCCUGGUAGAGGCAUCACCACACAAAGCGCUGACAUCAGAGAAGCUGCAGUUUUUAUUGCACAAAAUCGUUACUUACAUGUCCAAGCAUUCAGCCACAGAGAAAGCGGAAUUCAAGAAACGACAUCUUGUUGAAUACAAGCAGUUAUACGACAUGCUGGGAUUCCUCAUGGAUUAUCAUAAACAUCUGAUUUCCUUGGAAUUUCAAUUCAAGCACUCAAAUAUUUUGAACAAAGUCAUUGCAUUUCAGGAGGGAGUUGGACUGUUAUCAAGUAUUUUCCAUUCAACCUAUGCAAUUGAGACAGAAAUAAAACGCCAGAAAAAUGGUGAAAAUGCAUAUUUGGAAUGUUUGACAGAUCUCAACAAGAAUAGACUUGUUACAAGAUACAAAAAUGAGCAAUGGGGAGAAUUUCUGCAAGUAUAUCAGCCAGGGGCUUCUUUCCAACAAGCAUUGGAUGUAUUUGCAUCAAAAAGCCAAAAAUGGUUAACUGAGAUGUUGAACAAUGAGAAAAGCAUUGCAUGGGAUUCAUUCAUGACAUCAAAGAACCAGUUGAAACAAUACUAUGCUAUAGCAAGCACAAUAUGGGGUCAAGAGAGUGUUUCUUUCCGGCAUUUUGUCUUACUAUUUGUAAGAUCAUUUGGUGAUAUUGUCAAGAAAUUUGAAGAAGCUGCACAAAAAAUUCAGUAAAAGAAACAAAACAAAUUGAAACAUCUAUCUUUCUUGAAUUGAACUCUAGAAACCUCCAGCUAUUCCCAUCAUCAAGCCUAUCAAAUAAGCUAAUGCAGCCAUGCCUUAUUUUUAACUUGCAUUUCAUACAAAAAGUCCCCUAGCUUUGAUUGGAAGUUCCAUUGCACAUGAUCUAUUUCAAAAUAUUGUCACUUCACCGCAUUAUCAAACGGAGCUAUUGCAGUCUAAGAUAGGCAGUUGGUAUUGCUUCUACAAUUCUAUAUCUCAUGUUUUGACUAAAUGAUAGCUACAUUCUUUUUGCACUGAAAUAUUACAGCAUCAAACCAACAACCUGCAUGUAGUUACCUUGUGUUUGCUCUAUUGUUCUUGCCUCUCAAAGGGCACAUACAUGACUUGGCAAAAACUGAUGUUUGGAGUUUGGUACCCAAACUUUUGGCUGAGAACUCUUCUGGAGACUAGAAUAAAAUGAUGCAGGCUACAUGGUCACAGUGACAUGAUCAGGGAUGCCCAUUGUGUGGAUGGAGCCAUCAAUGAUCCUCGACAUAUUCACUGCCAGUUGGAUCAGCUCCAUGUAUACUGUUUUGUAGGUACUCGGCACUUUACGUUCAAAAUAAA